GGGGUAAAUCAUUAUUUUAUUGUCUGCCACACACAUGGUUUUAUUGCCCAUGAUGGACAUCACUGUAACUUUCCAGAAACUCUGAGGAACUCUGAGCACCAAGUGCUCCUGGAUUAGACUUUGGAUCUCCCUUAACCAGGAGUAAGCGCGUACUAAACAUGAAUGAGUUCAUAUAAUGAUUCAUAAGGUGUAUGAUCAACUACCAUGGAGUUCAUAUCCGCUUUUUGGUGAGAUCUUUUCCUGUAGUGUGACAGACAUCACGAGGGACCUCGACGUCACUACUACAGGGCAACCGGAAAGGAGUCGUGACGUCACCACGGAACGGCAACAAGACGACGGUGUUGCAACAAUACGGUUACAUUGUUUGACCACCAAAUCCCCUGUGCGAUUUUCUAUACCGGAAAACGGAGUAUUAAAGCGACACGGGUUAGAUUUCUAGCGUAGGUGAAAGAAACGGCGGCUGUGUGUCGUUUCCGGUGUCUUUCAUUAUGUCGAAUCGCCUGGCCUUUCAGACUCAGCUAGCCUCCAUCAUGGAGGUUCUGGCAAACGCAGCCGUGGCAGAAAUCUGUAAACUGGUGGACGAUGAUUACGCGGUGAUCAAUCUGCAGAUGUCUCAGUGCCAGCGUGAAAACAAGGCGUUGAAGAGGAAACUUCAUCUGAUGGAGCUGCGGAUGGCCCGCGGUUACGCCGAAAGGAGAAUCCGCGAAAGCUCGGGAAAUCGCUCCAGUCGAGUCCAAGUGAGCGCAAAUCUCUCCGACAAAUACCGAGCUCCUGUCGCUGACAUUUUUCCAAAUCAAGAUGAACUCUAUGGGAGGCAGUUAAAUGAAGAUGUUUGGAGAGAUGGGGAAUCUUCUAAUGCAGAUGUGUCGAUUGGGCAUCCAGUCAUCAAACAUGAUGAGAAUGGGCAUGAAGACUCCAGCCAGACCAGAUCAAAUGCUCUACUUGUAAAGGCUGAAACAUCUGAUGAUGGCCACACACAGCAGCAACUAUUUAUUAGAGAAGAUGGAGUGGCAGAACCUGUGUGUGAGGGUGUGGAUGCAGAUUAUGGUGGUGCUCAAGUGGAUAAAGUGGAUGGUCAGAACUCCAGGACACGACACGAGGCUUUGGAGUGCCAAAAGACAGAUGAUGAAGAGCCAGAUGUGCUGUUCAUCAAAGAAGAGCAUUCAGAGCUGGAGGAUCAAGAAAGCCAGUCACAUGGGGGCAUGACCCUGCAAGACGGAUUUGUGGAGUCCAGCACGGACAUAUGUGGAAACGGAGCCUCUUCCUCACCUGCGCAGAUCACAUUAGCUCUCCAUGUACAGGCGUCUCACGAGUCAUCCAUUGUGAAGGGUGAAAGUAGACUUCAAGAAGAACAACAGGGAACUUCAAGUCAGUCAACAGACAUGCAGCUGACUGUACAAAAUGCGGUAGACUCGCAGACUGUUGGUACUCUGUGUUCACAUGAUCCAGUUCUUCCUCAGAGAGACGUCAAAGUGUGGGAUAUUCCCAGUUCCCAGUCUCUUCUCCAAGGGUCAGAUGACAGCAGCAAUAUCCCACAUUCAAACCAGAAUGUUCAGAGAAAAACAGUAGUGUCUGUCGAUGUGCUAGGGACAAAUAGUACACUGUACGAGAGAACAAAAGAUCUGGAAAGUUCUUUCCCACGAUGGGCUGCAAAUAGCCCCUCUGACACUCAGCCAUCUUGUUCUUAUAUAGUGGAAGUAGAGCAAGACCAGGACUGUGUUCUGGUGCAACCAGGACCCGUGUCUGUUAGCGGUAGACAAAAAGGGGCUGCAUCAAACAGGCUUCAGGAUGGUAGAGGACUUCAUAAUGUUGAGGCAGAUUGGAGCACGGUCACUGCUUCAAGCCAAGCUCAUAAUCAGCAGUUCAGUCACUUCAACAGGACUCGUUUAGAUGCAACAAACCAAGCAAAUCUCUCUCAGGCUAUUCCGAACCUGCAACAUCCUGGGGUUUCCCUCGCUGGGCUACAGCUUUCGAGGCGCAUGGAGAAAGGCAAGAGGAAAAGUUAUAUCUGCAGGUACUGUGGAAAGGCUUUUACUGGGCAGUCUAACUUGGAGGCUCAUCAACGCAUCCACACUGGAGAGAAGCCUUUCAAAUGUGAAACCUGUGGGAAGCUCUUUACAGAAGCAGGAAACCUGAAGAAGCAUCAAAGAGUUCAUACUGGAGAGAAACCAUUUGUGUGUAAUCGCUGUGGGAAACGUUUUGCCUGGAUCUGCAAUCUCAGGACACAUCAGCAGUCAGCUUCCUGCGGGGCAGUAUAAGGAUCCAAUACAAUCAAUCGCACUGAGUACGAACUGAUAUUCACACACUCUUGGUAAAAAAAAAAAACAAUUGUUGGAAUAGUGGAAUCAGAUAGAUCAAGUAUUAGACAGUGACUAAGUAUUUAAGGACGGUGAUUAUAACUGCAGAAUGGAUUAGGGCUGGGCAAUAUGGCAAAGUUGUACUGAUAACCUGAUUUAAUAACAUUUGAGACACAUUUUGUUUUAAUUCUUAUGUCAAUGCUUUUAUAAUCCUGUGUUACUCUUGACAGUUGUAUUAUCCCACAUCUUUUUCUGUCAUAAAAUGCUUCAGAGAAAAAUCUGUAAAAAUAUAGUAUUUUGUGUUGGCCUUAUUUGUUAGCAGAGCCUUGACAAAAUGAUAGUGUGUAAUGCAGGUAUCGUGACAUUUUUGCCCUUUUGCCUACCUCUAGUGUGGAUGAGUGAGGGUGUAAAGAGUUUAAAGUUGUAAGAGACACAUGGUGCUUUCCUUUAUAUUGGUUUAGUGCCUUAAUCGUUAACUGUACACUUGAUUUGUUUUAAGAUUUCAAAACUUUUGCAAACGCCAUUCUACCUCGUGAAUGUUUCUGCGGACAAAAACAAAGCAAUAUGUUCGAACCAGGAAUGGAAGAAAAGUGCUUAAUUUUAAUUCAACACAGGAACUUGUUCAUCUGAUGAAUUGAGAAAACAAUGAUAGCAAUGUACCAUGAACUUCAGUGUAUGCUGGCUCAUUGUAAAAUAAUGAAAUGCAUAAGAUCACAUUAAAUGUUCGAGGCAUUUGUUAAACAGAAUUGAAUUUAAAAAUAAAUUAAACUUCUACUCCA